CUCUGAGAUCUUCAUGGUCAUCAUCACACACGCAGCAUAACAGCGGCCCUUCUGGCUCCAGCAGCACACACACUCUGAGCCUCCGGAUUUACUGUGUGUUUCAUUGUGAUCUCGGCAGCAGCCAGGCUGCAGCAACAUCAGGUUUCAGUUCAGACACUCAUCCCUGACCGGCUGCUGUCUGCUCUCAUGUUGGGAGACAAGGCUCACGGUGUCACUUUGAAGGUUAUGGAGUACACAUAUGAUGACGACCUGGAGGAGCUGUGUCCUGUGUGUGGAGACAAAGUGUCCGGGUACCACUACGGCCUGCUCACCUGUGAGAGCUGCAAGGGCUUUUUCAAGAGGACAGUGCAGAACAACAAGAGGUACACAUGCGCGGAGAACCAGGAGUGUAAAAUCGACAAAACCCAGAGGAAGAGGUGUCCCUUCUGCCGCUUCCAGAAGUGCCUCAACGUCGGGAUGCGGCUAGAAGCGGUGCGUGCAGACCGCAUGCGUGGGGGGAGGAAUAAAUUUGGCCCCAUGUACAAGAGAGACAGGGCCUUGAAGCAGCAGAAGAAAGCUUUGAUACGAUCCACCGGCUUCAAGCUGGAGAGCGCCAUUCCUCCGCCGGCCUCUCCUCUGCAGACCGACUAUGGCUUCACUGGCACCCUGCACAGCCUGCCCACCAUCUCCAAGAGCCUGCUCCCCUCCACCCCGAGCUCCAUUACCCCUACAGACUACGAGGCCAACCUCUAUGGACCCCCAUCCCUGGGCAUGGCCAUGCAGUCCCACGUGCCUCUCACCACUCAGUACCAGUACACAGCCUUCCCUGGCAGGGCAAUUAAAGCCGAGUGUCCCGACUACACCAGCUCCCCUGAGUCUCUGACAGGAUACCCCUACCCAGACAUGUACCCCUCGGCCUCACCACAGCCGCCCAGCCUGCCUCCGCUGGUGCUGGAGCUGCUGCGCUGUGAUCCAGACGAGCUGGUGGUGCAGAAUAAGAUCGUCACCCACCUGCAGCAGGAGCAGAGCGGCCGGGGCCGGCUGGACAAGCCCAGCACCUUCAGCCUCAUGUGCCGCAUGGCAGACCAGACUUUGUUCUCCAUAGUGGAGUGGGCCCGGAGCUGCAUCUUCUUCAAGGAGCUCAGGGUGGGAGAUCAAAUGAAGCUGCUCCAUAACUGCUGGUCCGAACUUUUGGUCCUCGAUCACAUUUUCAGACAAGUGCAACAUGGACAGCAAGACAGUAUCCUGCUGGUGACCGGCCAGGAGGUGGAACUGUCGUUCAUCUUGUCCCAGGCAGAGGCCACGCUGUCGGGUCUGGUGCAGCGUGGGCAGGAACUAGCGGCCAGGCUGCGGGCGCUGCAGCUGGACCGCAGAGAGAUCGCUUGCAUGAAGUUCCUGCUCCUGUUCAACCCCAAUGUGAAGCUGCUGGAGGACCAGGCGUUUGUGGAGGGGGUGCAGGAGCAGGUGAACGGGGCUCUGCUGGAGUACACCUUGUCCAGCUACCCUCAGUUCCAGGAGAAGUUCAGCCAGCUGGUGGUGCGUCUGCCGGAGCUGCGUGGCCUCAGCACGCAGGCGGAGGACUACCUGUGCUACAUGCAUCUGAGCGGGGAGGUGCCCUGCAACAACCUGCUCAUCGAGAUGCUGCACGCCAAGAGAGCGUGUGUGUGAGGGACACACACAGGUUGCUCCUCCGUCAUGUGUUGUUUGUGGAGGUGAGAGUGUGUGUGUGGGAGGGGAAGUAUGUGUGAGAGGAAACAAUCAGAUGAAGAUAUACAGGUUCAUGUUGGGUCAUCUUUGUGAGGCCUUUUGUUUGAGCUGGAGAGGAGAAAAUGUUCUUUGGUGUUUGGAAUUAUAAAGAGUCAAGGUCGUUUUAAUAUUUUGAAUGUUAAUGUUUUCAUAUCCUGCAGAGCUACAUAAAUGUGACCUUUAUAAACUGGAUUUUCUACCCUGUUUUCAAAAAUCUAAAAUUAGAACUGCCUGUAAAGUUAUAUUGAAUGACUAAAUAUCACAUCCUACAUCAGAACAGAUUUUGUACGUUCCGCAGAGCUGCCCAGCCAAUAUUCAAUCCAAUAAUGCUGAAUAGACAUAGUGUCCAGAUAUCGGUCCAUCGUUCUCAAACAUCCACACCUUCAUAUCAUUAUGAUAUCAAUAUGAAACGGUUGGGUCCAAUGCCACUCUAGGGUGUUUUUAGGGAAAUCUGGUGCUAGGGCUGCUGUCACAUGAAACAGUGAGACCCUGCACUUUUUCCAACAGAUUGUGUAGCCUCAGAAAUUGGAAUUUAGCAUUAAUUGAUUUUGAUCCAAAUGUAAGAUCCAAAUUUAUGGCAGAUUAUAAAGUGCACUGUUCCUAGAUAAUCAUAAUAUAUUUUUAGGAUGAGGACAGGCUGCAGGGUAACACAGAACACUGUGGUGCUCUCAGAUUACUGAUCAUAUCUCUGCUCUUUUUUUCACCACAAUUGUUCAAAAAUAUAAGCGCUCUUUGGGGUUUAAUAAAGCUUUGUUUUAAUCUAUUUAAAUUUUUAAUAUAUUGAGAUAUAAAAGUCAGACCAUUUAAGAAAAACUCGUUUUUAUUCAGUUAUUCAUCAAACACUUACCAGGAAAGAUAACAUGACAAAAGUACAGGUGAGGAAGAGGGACACAGGCAAAGGAAGGAUAGGGGGGUAAAAAGCAAACCAGAAAGAGGCAAAACUGUACACAGCGAUGUUUUCAGACGAAGGAGAGCAGAGAGGAGUAGAAGGAGGUGGCCAAUCAUGCAUGUGAAUGACAGUGGAGUCUCUUUCUUUGUGCGAAGAUGUGCCGAACAAAGGGAGCAUCUGUCAGCGUGCGCCCUUCAGUUUUACAGAGGAGCAGACACAGCCAGAGAAAAUACGCAUCUGGCAACAUUUGGUUUCACGUUUCCUUAUAAAACUUGAUUUUAUUACAGUUUAAUGCCUCGAGAAACAACGAGUCUUCAAAAAAUGCAGGUGGCAUGUUCACACUCACAUUUGUUUCACUUGUCAGCACGUAGUACUGUAGGUGUGAAACUGAAUGGCCAUUUUUUACACCUUAGUCUCCAAUGUGUUCAACGUUGGACAGGAACCAUUGGGGGGGGGGUUGAUUAUGAUAGGUUAAUGUUCAAUAUUAUAAAAGCAAACAUCCCAUAAAGACCCAGAAUGUUUUCCCAAACUUAACAACAUGCAUUGAGCAGAGCCAUUAAUACAUGUAUCUGUUCUUAGUUGCCUCAGGCACAUUUUGUAAAACUAAAGAUUGUUUGAAAAUACAUUAUUUAAAAAUCUAACAAUGUCAAUAAAUGACACAAUUCAGUUACCGUCAUUUUUUUUCAUUUAUUUGUUACAAAUUCCUAGUGCUUGAACAGAACGUUAGGUCAUCACUGAAGCUUGAGCACAUUUAUGAAGACCUGUGUUGAUUUACAUUUCUGUAACUCAACUUAUAUAACCUCCCUCAGUGUCAUCCACAUCGGGCAGCAAUUCUGAAGAUAUUUUCAGACACUUCUUUCCUAGAUGUAGUAGCUAACAGGAUGUAUCUCAGUUCUCAAACCUGCCCAUAGAGCUCUGAUCACUCCAUAGUUUCUCAAUCCGAAGCGACGUCAGUGAUGAAUCACUUUCCUACUGAUUCAGAGUACACUGAGAAACUGAAACGUUGACUUUAAUAAAAUAUAUUACGUUGACAGGUUCCAAAUAACUGUAUUACGUUAGUUGAAAGCAACAUUUUUAAGUUGAACCUUUUAUUUUGUAUUUGAACUUAAUAUUUUAGCUUUCAACUAACCUAAUACAAUUGUGUGUAAUUUGUUGACAUAAUACAUUUAAUUAAGACACAGUUUCAGUUUUUUCAGUGCAGUAGAACCAUGACACAGCAUUUACAUAACAAUUCAUACAAUACAUUUAAUAUUUGUUAUAUUAUUUGACCAACGUAUUUCCUGUACAUAAUUAAAUAAAUAAAUAUGUUGGUCUUUAAUGCAAAAACUGUCUUAUCAUUCUAACCAUCAUGCACUGAUAAAACUGAAAUGUUGACUUUAAUUAAAUGUAUUAUGUCAACACAUUUCACUUAACUGUAUCAGGUCAGUUAUAAAGCAAUAAUAUUAAGUUAAAUACAAAUAUUAGGUUCAACUUAAUAUUAAUGCUUUCAACUAACCUAAUACAGUUAUGUAAAAUGUGUUGCCUUAAUAAUUUAAUUAAAGUCAACGUUUGAGUUCUUCCAGUUUGGGUCACUAAAACUCUCCCCUGAUAUCUGAGUCCUGCAUAUUGUAUACAUUUGAAAUAUGAGACAGGUAAUACUGCAGGCCCUAUGAGCCCCACACACAGAAUCAGCACUCGAGUGAUUCCUUGUACUAUGGUAAAAAAAAUUGUGUAUAUUGUCCCUAACUGAAGUCCCAGAUUGAAAGCACUCUUUUUAAAGCACAUGACUCUCAGCGAUGAUACCUGAUAUUCACUGCCACCGAGACCGAAUGAAGAACAAACACUCGGUCUCAGAAAUGUUUGUGAUGUUGUGCAGUUCGACAUUUAAAGCCAUUCCUCGUUGGUCCAUCUCCAGGUAUCGUAGACAAUCACUCCGCCUGCCUUAACUGAAUGUCUGCCUGAAAGCAUACACACACCUUGGUUUUCCAGUUGAGAUAGCGCUGUGUUAUCACUAUGUACAGUAUAUUUAUGUUGUGAAGUGAAUAUCUACUGCAAGAUGAAGAUACAUUUCAAACAAAAGAGUUCUACGCUUUAUGUUGAGGUCAAAUCGCUGCCAUGUGGAAGUGAUUCUCUUGAUAUUGCCUUUGUUUUGGCUCUUGUUCACUUUUUAUUUCCCUGUGAGUUGUCAGUCCCGUCUUUAACUGUGUUUUUUCUCCCAAAAGAGAAAGUGACCAAAACUUCUUUUCCUUUAAAUAUAUUUUAUUGUAAUAGCAUUAAACCAAUAAAUUCUAGUGAAGUAA